CCACCCAACUCCACCUUUUCUUUCUCUCUUCUCUUCUGCAACUUAACAAUAGAUGCAUUAAUCGCUCUAUCUGUCUACUCUACUCUCCGUUUAGAAGAAGAUCACGAUUCACACGCUUAUCCCCAUUCAAUGCAUCCACUUCUGUUACCUCAACACAACCUUGCAUGAAACAAAAAGAAAAAGAGAAAUUCCCACUACCAUAUUCGGCUAAUUCCGUUUUACCUCUCUGUUUUCCCAUUGUUUAUACGCUGCCUUUUCUUCCGGUUUCCCAGUUUUGAAAAGCGACAUACACUUGUUCUCGCUGAAUUUGUUGACUUCGUGUUUGUGCCCUGACCACAGUUUAAUGUUUUUUCCGUUUUCCGUAACGAGUUCAGUUGAGUUGACUCGUUGAUCUGCCACGACUUGACUCGUUCCCCUCUUUUUCACUGUCUUCUGUGUCGAAUCGAACGGCUUAACUGAAACGCUGUCAUUCUAGGUGUCGAUCUCGACUUCGGUUACCCCCUCGGGGACAAUCAUGAGUAAAGCUUCGAUUCUCGAAAUCGAACCCAAGGAACUCAAAUUUAUAUUUGAAUUGAAGAAGCAAAGUUCUUGCUCGGUUCGGUUAACUAACAACACCUUUGACUAUGUGGCGUUCAAGGUCAAAACGACGUCGCCUAAGAAAUAUUCGGUGCGUCCAAAUGUUGGAGUGCUCGUGCCGAAAGCCACUUCUGAGUUCAUCGUUACAAUGCAAUCCCAAAGGGAAGUACCUGAAGAUAUGGUGUGCAAGGACAAGUUCUUAAUCCAGAGCACAGUGGUUCCUGCCGAAACAACCAGUGACGAAGUUACGUCUAGCCUGUUUAUUAAAGAUGGAAGUAAGUAUAUAGAAGAGAAUAAGCUGAAGGUGACCCUGAUCAGCCCACCCAAUUCACCUGAUCUCUCUCCUAUUAAUGGUGACUUCAAGAAUGGUCUUGAUCAUGGAAAAGUUCAGAUAUAUAGUAAAGAUGAAACCCAAUCGCCAGAGCCUAUGGUUCUCAAAAAUCCAGACAGGGUUCAUGAGGUAUUAAAGCUAGAAGAGGAUAUGGAUUUGAGGGCAGAUUAUUAUGUGGGGUUGGACACUAUGAAGGACGUAGAGGAGCCAAAUGAAGAAGCACAGUUAAAAGUGUCUAAAGAUAAGGAGUCGAACAUGGUAAAGGAUGAAGAUGAACUGAAGCCACAAAAAAAGUUAGGGGUAGAAGUGUCAAAAGAUACGGAUUUGACCAAAGUAAAGAAUGCAGAGGAACUGAAACCAUAUAAAUCAACACAGUUGAAAGUGUCUAAUGUUAUGGAUUUUAACAAAGCAAGCAAUGCAGAGGAGCUGAAACCUGAGAAAGCAACAGAGUUGAAAGUGUCUAAAGUUCGGGAUUUGAACAAAGUAAAGAAUGCAGAGGAGUUUAAACCAGAGAAUGCAGCUGGGUUGAAAGUGUCAGAAGUUCAGAAUUUAGACCCAGAAAAUUCUGUAAAGGAACUGAAUCCAGAAACAGAGUUAAAAAUGUCAAAAGAUGUGGAGUUCAAAACAAAAAAGAAUAUUGAGGAACUGAAGCCAGAAAACGUUGAAGAGUUAAAAAUGUCAAAAGAUAUGGAGUUGAAAGCAUUAAAAAAUGUUGAGGAACUGAAGCUAGAAAAAGAAGCCGAGUUAAGAGUUUCGAAGAGUAUAGAGGAGGUCAAAUUAUUGAAAGCUAUUGAAGAGAUGAAGUUAAAGCUUGAUGGACUUGAGUCAAAACUAAAUGAGUCUGGAGUAACAAUAUCAAAGUUAACAGAGGAGAGGAGGCUCAGCAAUCAUGAGACAAAAAUCUUGCAGGAAAAACUAGCAGAUCUUAUUAAUAAAGGUCCAAGAAAAGUUCAAGUCGGAUUCCCACUUUUAUAUGUCUGUAUGGUGGCGCUUAUCUGUGUCUUCUUGGGAUACCGUUUGCACUCGUAAUACCGUCUGCAGGAAGCUACUAACAUUUUGAAUUUCCCUGAAUUUUUUAAUAGCAGAAGUUUAGGCAUAAAUCCACCUUAUAAAUGUAAUAGUGGGGGGAUCUGUAUACUUGACUGUCAGUGAUAUUCGAUCUGAUCUCUGUAGUCUUUAGUCUAUAAUCAUGAACGUCUCCCCAUUUGUAUAUGCAAAGCUACCCAGUUGUACAAGUAUAAAUAAUUAGAUAUGGCUGUCUGGUAGAUAAAUCACUUAUGUGGAUAGUAUAAAACUGAGUGUUGUUUACGCUCCUUUGGAUU